AUGAUGGCGUUGGAAAUUCUCGAAAGGCUGGAGUCGAUUUGUCAUGGCGCUCGCAUUCGUCAGCUAUUCGAUUAUGUUGUUGGAGUUAGCACAGGGGCGAUAAUAUGUGCAAUGGUCGCUGGUCUCGAUUUGUCCAUCAGAGAAUGCAAACAGAUCUACCGCCUGUUUCCUUCGCGGGUUUUCCAGCAAAGCAAAGUUGCUGGCUCCCUUGGGCUGCUGUUGUCGCAUUCUUAUUAUGAUACUGAUAACUUCCUUGUUCUUUUGCGUCAGAUAUGUGGCGAAAAGACGUUGCUGGACACGUCGACGGAUCUUUUCCCAAAGGUAAACUUAGCUUGUCGUUUUUAG